AGCAUUACGAUGUGGAAUAUGUGUUUCAGAAACUCUUUAGGGAGCAUGCCUUUCUAUUUGUUGCAACACCAAAAGAGGUGUACAUCAAAUCGAAAGACAAAACCCAGGCGGACAAAGGAGGCGACGCUGACAGCCUGACGAGAGACAGUUUGAGAAUGGAGGAUUCUGUGUCCACUGUGUUUACACCUGAUAUUCUACAGCAACUGCGAGCCAUCCAUAUGCAGUACCAGCAGAUCAAGUUAGGGAUCGCAGGACCGAACGCCCUUCGACCCGACCGAUCCCUGGAUGUUGUUGAAGAUGAAAUCAUGCACAGUAUUGAUAACCGUCUGGUGCAACACAAUCAAAGACUUGAGAAGAUCCGAAGUGCACAGCGAGGAAGACAAUGGAAACUAAGACAAGAGGAACUUGACUCAGAUGAAGGGGAAUCCUCGGAUAUUGACAAUCCAGAUUGUAUACCAGUUCCCAAGUCUGGUCAGGCGAGGGUCAAGGCUCAGGCGUACGCCCAGCAGGCACAACAAUCUAAGGCUAGGCGCCACAGAACCGUCAUCACGCUGGACGCCUCAGAAUCUUCCCCUGAGAAGCCCAUCAGGAAGGGGCAGGGGAAAAACAAAAGCGAUAAAGGUGAUGAGGAUGUGGAUGUAUUUGAAGCACAACUGACGUCUCCCACUGAGGAGUCCAGCGACCAGCUUCUGUCUCCAGUGGAAUACCUCAGUAUGCCGACACUAGACAUGGAGGUCAUACACACAUCAGGGCCAACAACCGAGAGUGAUCUUACUCAAAUCAAAGAUGGACUGUCAAAAUGUAGUCCUUCAGAAAAAGGUCCAUCAACAUCCAAAACGAGCUCAAAGACAAGCACUGGUUCUUUGGAAGCAGAAACAGAUUCUUCAAUAUCAGGAACCACUACUUCAAAACUUUCCAAGAAGCCACUCAAGAAGGCCAAGAAAACUCCAACAAAAAGUGCCUUUUCAGAAUCACAUGAUACGUCUCCAGCAAAGGCAAAGGUGACUCCUAAGGCUAAAUCAGGUAAGCUGAAGGGUACGCCGAAAGGCAAGCCAAAGGGUAUGCCGAAGGGCAAGCCAAAGGGUAAGGGAGGAUUAGCAGCACAGCAGAAGAUCCAGGAGGUGAAGAAGAGGAGGCAUCAGUCCGGGGCAGGAGAAGAAGCUGAUGGAGCACCUGCUCUGAAAGUUGAAAAGACAACACCUUCCAAGAAAAGUCCUAAGAAGGAAUUGCUUUCACCGAAGAUUGUUUAUAAACCUUUGUAAUGUGUUAGAUAUGGAAAUAAACUUGUUGAAAUUUC